AUGCAUGCGAUCCACUUUCUGUUGUCGAUAUACACCUACACAUUGUGCGGCCACUUCCAUAGAGCCGCCGCCGAAGCUAUUUCCAGCGCUCAGCUCUCACCAGAUGGUUUCUUCGCUCUCAACAAUUAUGAAGUUUUGAGUGCCCGAGAGGAAGGUGACGAAGACAUUGUGCACAUCCGAAAACGUGCAGGGCAGGAGGAUUGCGGAACUGAUUGCCUUGACUACUCCGGCUGGACUAGAAGCGGACUGAUGGAUUGUGCAGGUGAGGAUCAGGAUGCUGAAGAUACAGCAGGCGAAGAUGUGCCCGAGAAGCGGACUCUUUUAGAAAAAAGAGGAAGAAAACCACCCACAUUGUGCAAUUAUGGGAUGGUGUACGACACGGGGGAUCCUACAGAACCACUCAAAAAGGAAUGGUUUGAGCUGCAACAGCGUAAGAAGAGAUGGACUAAAGAUCUCGUAGGAAGGAAGCCGACCAAGGGCAAUAAACCGAGGCGCUGUUACGCUGCAGAACACGUACUCGAGUGGCAAUUACUACAAGAAUUCAUCGAAGCGGACAGUAUGAAGGGUCAGGAAAGUCGCUGCAUGCUCUUAUUCAAAUACUUCGGGGAAAAAAUGCCAAAGGCUACUUACAAGGUCAAAGUGGCCAGGAACAACGGGAAGCUAGGGACAAACAACCAUUUCGAAUACGAGGAUAGAGACCAUACGUUGGAUAGAUGGAAGGAAGAUGAACCGAAAGAGCGCAGAUACGAGCUAGUUCUCAUGAACCAGGACGCCAACGGCAGGAAGGCAAACGUAUGGGCCGAGCAGAAUAUUCUUCCGAAACCAAGCGUCCACGAAAAUACUAACAAGAUGAGAGAGAACCAGGAAAAUUCUAAAACGCUCGAGUGGCUAUUCGAAAACAAAUACUACGAGGACAGCAUUAAGUCAUGGCCCGAUAACAAGGGAAAAUGCAAGGCUAUCUAUCAUUAUAAUGGAGAGGUCUACAAGGAGCGAGGCUUGAAGAAAGAGUGGCUCGACUGGAUGAAAGAGAAACACAAAGCGCGGAUGGAUGCGCUAACAAAAGCGAUGGAUGACAAGCUGGGGGUCUUUAGCAAUAACCCUGGUGUCAUUACAAAAUUGAGGAGGUGGGACUACAGUGGGAUUUUCAGGCGAGAGGUGAAGGAGCCAAACUGCGGGUAUGAGACAGAUCAGAAGAUAAUAGAUCAGAGGGUGGCCCUGUUGAAAGACGCAUAUAAGAACAUGAAGCGGGUGGAGUCAGAGCUGAAGCUAGACUAG